GCCCGGUUCUCCCCUCGUCGUACACGGGACACUUCCAGUGCACACAUUGCUACCAAAGUGAACCAAGUUGGCAGUGUCUUUAGUGCAGGGUUCAUGGGCAGCCAGGGUUCUCAGGGAGGCAGUUUUAAUACAAGUACCAUUCCUGUUGACUCGCACUUGGAUGUGUAUGAUCGUGCCAAUGCGGUUUCUCUCUCUUCAGUGAUGCAGACAAAUGUUCCCAAACCUUUUGGAAUUAAAGGCAAAGCACCAGUUCACCUGAACAUGCCAGGGGGUCAGUGGUCUCAGGAUGAUAAAUAUGUUUCUGGAGAACUUCAGCAACACCAUCAUUCAACAAUCACUUCAGUGAAGAAACCAGGUAUUUCCUCCACGAGUCGUAGUAGUUCGGGAGUCAGACUUGGCUUGUUGGAUCCUCGUGCACCCUGGAAUAAUUCCUUAGGAAACAGAAGACUUGUAACCUGGUGUGGAAAUGUUAGAAUAGAUGACCUUGGCAGUUCAUGUUACCCUACUUGCCAUAACAAUGUCUGCUUGUCUAAUAACCCAGCAAUGUGCAACAGGUAUAUGUAUGGGACAGAACUGAUGGGAAAUGUCAGAUUUUUCCAUGCAUUUAAUGUGCAAAAACAGUCCAGUAAUGAGAGUCAACAGGAAAAUGCUCCGAAGGCUCAGCUGUCAUCUAAGCAGAAACUCCAACGUGCAGUAAAAGAAUAUGGAACAACAGUCAUUGUGUUUCAUGUUUCAAUCUCACUGGCCUCUUUAGGGAUAUGUUAUCUACUAGUCUCUAGUGGAGUAGACAUGACAGGUUUUAUAAAGAGUUUGGGUAUAAACCUGGACACAGCUAAAACUGGUGUCUCGGAGGUGAUGGAACCAUCUCAGCAAGUAGGAGGCGUUACUGAGACAGUGAAUGAGAGUGGUGAAGGGGAUGUAUCAAAAGUAGCAGAAAACAAACCAGAAAAGUGAUGUCGACAUCAACACUGCCAGAGCAGCUGGCGCGGCGACAUUUGUAGUUGCAUAUGCUGUACACAAAAUUUUUGCUCCAGCACGGAUAGCUAUCACACUCACGGCCACCCCAUUCAUUGUGAGACAUCUUCGGAAAAUUGGAUUCUUAAAACCUCCUAAAGCAAAAGGUAAUUAGGAUUGAAGACUUGGCAACCAGCAAUAUGUUACAUUUGUUUUAGUAUCUGAUAAUAGAUAUAUAGGUCUGUGUGCAGAAUUCAUAUGACUAUACAUAGAAAAGUUUUCAGUAGAGAAUUUGUUGUAUUAUGACAGCAAUAGUUUGCACAUGUAAGUACAUUUUGAGAUAGUACUAGGUUAUGGAAUUAGAUAACCUGUACUAGAGACAGGAUUUUUUUUCCAUAUGUUGCUACAAAUAGAUCAGGAAAAUUGUUAGCAAUGCCUUACUUCUCAGUUUAAAUCAAUGAUCAUUGUAUGUCAUGUCCAUGUCUUAGUUUCCAGGUAUUUUGUUUUUUUUGUAAUCAAGUAAAAGGAAAAAAAAAUCACCAUCUGUAAGUUGCACUGGUUCUCCAAUUUGUUAAUAUUAGGAGUGGUAAAAUAGCUAUCUAAAAAAAAUUAUAAUUUUAAUUUAAAAAUAUAUAUUCUAUGUUAUUGUUAUAUAGAUUGUAAUAACUUGUUUUAUAUCUCCACAAUUUUAGAACACAGUUAACCUAAAAGGAAGAUUUGUAGAUAUAAAACUUAAUGGUCUUUUACAUUAAAAGUUCUUUAAAUUGAAGAGAUAUUCUGUUAAUAUAAAAGUCAGUGCAUCAUGUGAGUGCACAUUCCACAUGCAGUACUAAUGUGAGAGUCUUAUUCAUAUAGCUAGAAGAGCUUAAUGAUACUGGACUCCGUAAAGUAUGUUUAUAUAUAACUGCAUUGGUAUCUAACGCUUAUAGGUUUAGGUUAUGUGUAAAUGAAAACUUGUAUUCAGUAUUAUAAGUUUCUAGGCUUGUACUGUAGGUAUGUAGUGGGUUGUCUUUUCAUCUAUGGACCAAUAGAAUGCUCUGCUAAUAAUUAUAGAACAGCAUUUAUUGGGAUGAGUUGUUCAUACAUAUACAUGUGUAUAUAUAGAUUUUUUCAUUGUAAUAAAAAUGAAAUAUCU